GUGAAAGUACGUUUUUCGUGAGUUUCAUUAUUCCGAAGUUGUUCACAAGUUGGUCAGCGAGCUCGUUGGCUAACAAACACCUAGACUGCUAACAAGACUAGAGAUGGCAAAGAUAAGUUAGCAUACUAGCUAACCGGAAUAGCUCAGCUAGCUGUGAGUCGGUGUUCUUUAAUUAGCCACGCACCUUAGCAUGUCGGUAAUUACCGAUACAGAGAACAUGAAGGUAACUUUCAGCACUCUUGUAGAGCAACUAAUUGUUUAGAAUUGUUUUCGGGUGAAGUGAUGGAGGUAAUUUAUUCAGUAGUUGUUCAGAGAAGUCAGCAGUGGCUUUAAUCUGCCUCAUUAGAGAACUGCGUGGCUAAGCUGUGUUAGCCGCUGUCUUUAACCGCUUGUGUGACUGAACAUUGUCCGUCCGUCUGUCUGUCUGUCUGUCCGCUCACUGCUAGCUAAUGGCUAAUGCUAACUGUUCAAUGGAGUUCGUUAGCCUUUCAGCAAGUUGGCCGUAUUUACGGUGUCGUGUUGAUUUCGGUUGGGAAUGAAGUUAACCGGCACCGGUGAGCAAAGAUGUCUGAGGAGGCGGUGCGCCAGACACGCAGCCAGAAGAGGGCACUGGAGCGGGAGGCGCCGGCCCUCGAUGGAGACACGAAACGGGUGAAGCUGGAAAGGGGGGAACUCGGUUCUAGCAAAGUGGCAAACAUCCUGAAGGCCGGCGAGGUGAAAGCCACCAUCAAAGUGGAGGUGCAGGCAGACGAUGAGCCUGUGGACAUGAGGACGCCCCGCAGCGAAAUAAAAAAAGAAAGGCCACCGACACCAGAUGACAUAAUUGUUUUAUCAGACAAUGAGCCUGGCAGUCCACAAAUAAAUGGAAUCAGCCACAGCUUGAAGAAAACAGACACCGAGAUGCUCAUGAAGAGUAGCCCUGAAGAGCGCCGGAGGUUUAUCAAGCAGCUAAAGGAGGAGCUGCGUCUGCAAGAGGCCAAGCUGGUGCUGCUCAAGAAACUCCGUCAGAGCCAAAUCCAGAAGGAGAGCGUGGUGCAGAAGACGACCAAUUCCACAUCCAAUCCCCCACCUCUUGUAAGAGGCAGCAUUUCAUCUAGCAAAGCCCCGCUGCAGGUGUCGUCUAAUAGAAGCUCAGGCACGGUCAUUCCUCCUCCUCUGGUGCGGGGUGGUACCCAGGUUUCCAAGCAUACAUCAAUAGUGAUGCCACCCUUAGUCAGAGGCUCACAGCCCAUUGCUGUGACUCCUCAGCAGAUAGCCACGUUGCGUCAGCAGCAGCACUCUGGCUCUGGUCCUCCUCCUCUGCUGCUGGGUCCUCGCACAUCUGUGCCCAAUGUCCAGGUGCAGGGUCAGAGGAUCAUCCAGCAGGGCCUGAUACGUGUGGCCAACGUAGCCAACACCAAUGUCCUGGUCAGCAUCCCACAGGGCUCGCCCACUGGGUUGAAGGGUUCUUCAGUCUCCUCGCAGUCAAGCAUUGGUACCAACACCUCCACGGUCAAUGCCAAUGACUCUCCUGCCAGCCGACAGGCUGCUGCCAAACUGGCCCUGCGGAAGCAGCUGGAAAAAACCCUGCUGGAGAUCCCUCCUCCAAAACCCCCCGCACCAGAACUCAACUUCCUCCCCUCGGCUGCCAACAAUGAGUUUAUCUACCUGGUGGGACUGGAAAUGGUGGUGCAGAACCUGCUGGAUCUGGCCAAAAGCAAACAGCAGCCUCAACAGGGCAGCCCUCCAGUAGCUCCACCUGUGAAGGAGCCUUUUACGUGUACGCAGUGCCACACAGACUUCACCUCCCGCUGGAGACAGGACAAGAGUAACAGUUCGAUCCUGUGUGAGCAGUGUAUGAGUUCCAACCAAAAGAAGGCCCUGAAGGCCGAGCACACGAACCGGCUGAAGGCAGCCUUUGUGAAGGCCUUGCAGCAGGAGCAGGAGAUCGAGCAGCGCAUCCUUCAGCAGUCUUCCUCGUCCUCUCCAAAGAGCUCGGCUGCCUCCUCAUCUUCGUCAUCCUCGCCAGUGGUGAAGUCGGAGCAGCAUGUGCUGGUGUCUCCGCAGUAUAAAACGGGACGAUCCUCACUGCCUCAGCAGCAGUCAAACAGGGCAACAGCAGUGAGUCGCUACCACUCCAGCACCAUCAAGCAGAGUCCAGGACAGGUGGUGCGUAAUGUGCCCCAGGCGGUGGUCAGCGUGAGUUCACGUGGCAUGAACCGCAGCUUCUCCACGUCCAGCCAGCUGCAGAAUGCAGUUGCGGCCGCCGCGCUGGUCAGCAGGCCAGGUAAGCAUGCUGGGAGGGCUGGGCCAAAUAGCAGCAGCAGCAGAGCCAGCAGCAGCAGCAGCAGCAGCAAGGCCAACACCAAUGUCUGGAGGAAACAGAGCACACCCACAGGUGUCACUAUGGCCUAUGUCAACCCGAGCCUGUCCGUACUCAAGACAACUUCUCCAGCAGAUCGUCAGCGGGAGUAUCUCCUUGACAUGAUCCCGUCCCGCUCCAUCUCCCAGACGACAAAUAAUUGGAAAUAAUGCCUCCUCCUGUUGCCACUGCUCCUUCACUGAUCUCUCAUUAUAGAAAUCCUGGACACCAGUUGGAUAUUAAUAUCAGAUAACCAGCUACCAAGCAAUAAAAUCAUUUCUCUCUGUUUACUGGAGACCUCUUGUCCAAUCAGAAAUAAUCCUCUUAGACAGUGAGUGGGUGAGUCCUGAGAGACCGGGUGAAGGAUCAGAAUUAACACUGAGACAGAGAGAUAACUGGACCUUUGGAACAGGCUUCGUCUGUAUCAGGUCUGUUUAUAUGCCCCAUUGGCUGCAGUGAUUCUGCCACAUCCACACUGGUGAUGAUGUCCUUCGCUCACUGGUCUCCUUCAUCUCCAUGUUUGUGUUUCUGCUGCUGAUGGGAUUCUUUUGAUUCAAGGUGAAUAGAUAACCCCUCCAUUUUAGCAAACAUGCCUCCUUCCUCUUGACUAAGUGGAGGUACCCAGGCUGCACAGCAAGCCAGGAAGUUUUUUUUUUUUUUUUUUUUUAAACUCUGAGGACCAUCUAAGAAUGCUUCAGCUUUGUAAAACAUAGAAUUUCAGUGUGGCUCACACAUGCCGUCUCUUAAACAAUACUAUGGGAGUGCAAAAUAUGUAAUUCUUAUGUUUCUUUGGACUUACUUUCCCCCUCCCCUUUUGAGGUGUCCUUUUUUUGGAGGGCCGACAUGUAAAAGGUAUUGUUAUACUGUUAAGGUGGUUUUACAUCUGCCAGUUUAGUGUGUAUUUUUAAAUGCUAAAAUAAGCUUAAAAUAAUUAAAAAAAAAAAAAUGUAACCAAGUUUUUUUUUGGGGGGGAGGCAUGGUUACUGAACUGCCACCAUGGGACUACUAUUUGGAUUUUUGUUUUGUUUUGAAUUUGUGUGUCCUCUUUUCAGCUCUUCUUGAAAUCGUGGACACUCAUGAUUUUCUAGAGGAAAAGGGACAGGGUUGGGACUUGGGAAGCUUUUGGUUAAGUGUGUGGUGUGUUGUUUUUCUUUCAUUAUUUCUUUUUAAUGCUUUUAGGCUGUGUUUGUUAAUGGGGAUAUUUAAAACUGUACAUGGGUGUGCUUCACUUUAAAUGAAGGAUAAUUCAGUGGCCUAGACUGUUUGAACUACUUGAUCAUCGUAUAGUUUUCCAUAAGAAGUUUCAAACAGUCAGUUGAAGACUAAAUCCAACAACAGGAAUGCCUAGAAUGUCUUUGUAUAAAUGUGUCAGAAGCUGAUUUGGGUGUAGUACAGUGUUUAAUGCUAGUAGAAAAGCAUUGUGCAGGACAGCACACAUCGGUUUUUGCUUAUUAGUGAUAAUAAGCAAUUGUCUUAUGUAACACUGCUCAAAUGUAGGACUGAACGGGCGAAAAAAAGGAUAAUAAUCAAUUCUAAAAUUAUGGGCAUGCUUUUUUUUUUCCACUCCUGUUGUUUUUAAACUGAUUAGUUGCUGGCAGUGUUCCUGGGAUUUCAGUUAAGCUGGAGGGACCGGUAGUCCAAGAUCAAGAAUUUUACCUCCACCUCACUCCUCUUUACAAAAGCCUGUAAGUAAAUACUCACAGCCAGGGAUUUGGUCAGCUUUUAGCCCCCACAAGCACAUGGAGGUGGAGUUCUUACUGUUCCUAAGCUCUUCUCUCAGGGUCUGAGCUGCCUGUGGAGUAAGGAGGCCUGUAUCAGACUGUGGUUCUGACUACUGCCUGCUGCUGCUGAGCGCUAACGCCAUUCCAUUGUCCAGGGAUGCCAGCACUGUAUGCAUCUCUUUUCUGAAUUGUACAAAAAAAUUCCCCAUUUUCAUUUAUUUUCGGUCUGUCAGUUAAUGAUUAUAAUAAAAACUAAAUUUGA